AUCUCAAACUCAACUCGAAUUCGCAGCCAGCAUUACAGCAACUCUUAGCUUAUUCACCCAUCUGAUGUCAUGCCUUCACAUGUGUCAAAUGCAUCCAGCGGGCGUUUCCGCGGCGGUACCAGGGUCUGAGCAUGAUGGCGUGGAUGCGGAUCGCGCGACACACCACCAAGAAGCCAAGCGCUGCCGUCACCCGGAACAGGCAGUGCAUUAACGACACCCCAAAGUUUGGCUUGAGCCGGCAUUCCUUUCUCACGACAACUGCGACAACUUCCACCGCAAUACCCUCCGCCAUCGUUAAUCGCCCACUUACCCCGCGAGCAGCCAUUUCCCCGCGCCAAGGACCCAUACACGACGCACAGCAGCACCGACCGCCUGCGCAAGCCCACGCAGCCAGCAGGUUUCUCGCGGUCGGACCUCACUGGCACUGCGCUCGCCUGAUUGGAUUCUGCGGACGACCUCGUGCCCGCAAUCUUACUACGACAUCACCAUGAGCGCGUCCCCCACGUCCAGAGACGGCCGACAUGCGUCUCCAGCGCCUCGAAAGUCCUCAGCGCCUUACAAAGUAAGCCCGCUGCAGCUCCCCACUGGCGGACAUCUCGCGCAGGAUGAGGUACGGCGGCCGUCGAUACAGUUCCUGGCGCACAGGAAUCAGUCGCUCCCCAGAGGCCAACCCAGGCCCCGUGAACGACGCCGGCUGUCGUCACCGCCGCCUCCACCCGUCUUCCAACCUCGGGUAUCUUUCGACACCUUCGACAAGCCCGCAGACUUCAUCGAGGAGAGCUCAUUCACACUCAUCGCCAAGCACAAGGACUACGAAUACACAAAGCGUUCACGGACGUUCCUCUGCGGUUUCGACGAGAACGAGUAUUCGGUAUACGCCCUGCAAUGGCUCAUCAACGAGCUAGUCGAUGACGGAGACGAGAUUGUCUGCCUCAGAGUGGUCGAGAAGGAAGAUGCGAUAGCGGGAGACCGCAGCGUAGAGACUGGGCGGUAUCGCGUGGAGGCUGACAACACCAUGGCCGAUAUACAAAGUCGAAAUCACGAUAACAAGGCCAUCAACCUGAUAUUGGAGUUUUCGAUCGGUAAGGUUAACAAAGUUAUCGACGACAUGAUCAAUCUCUAUGAACCCGCAAUUCUGGUAGUCGGGACACGAGGCAAGAGCUUGGGCGGAUUCCAGGGAUUGCUCCCCGGCAGUGUGUCGAAAUACUGUCUACAACAUUCGCCAGUACCUGUCAUUGUUGUACGCCCCACAUCGAAACGCGACAAGGCGAAGAGCAAGCGCACCAACGACCCAGACCGCCAGGGUUACAGAGAAAUUCUCGCGAAGAGCGAGAGCCUUCCUGAAUUCAACAGCCCUCGUAAUAGCUUCUUCGCGAAUGAAGACGAGGCAGCGAUAGUCGGAGGAGCGGCGACCGCACCGAAACCUGCCGUGGAGGCGCAUCCUCUAGCGCAAGUGGAACAAGCGCCAGACAGCAGCGGGGACGAGGAAGACACUCGUACCACCACUGUGGUCAAUGAUCUGGUCAAUGAUGAUCCACGAAGCCCUGGCCCGAUGAUGAAGAGCCCGCAUCUACAGAACCUAAGCAGUCCAGAGCUUAGUAGCCAAUCUGGUAGUGACGACGAAGAUGGCGAAGGCGGAGUCUCGACUUCGGGAACUUCGGCAGUAGAGAAAGCAUCGAUCGCAACGGGGCAAUCAAGCGUUGGCGAAGGAGAUACAGGCAGUGGGAAUGCAUCCAUGUCGUACAUGGACAGUCUUACAGGUGGAGCGAAGGAAUCGAAGGAAUCAAAGGACGCAUAGUGGGAGCAUCGACCAAGGGUUGAUAUGAGAGGAGGAAAUGUGAUACUCGAGGGAGAUAUGUCGUUUGGCCAGACUAACCCUGGACCGCGUCACGAAGGUUGGCGAUGGAGACAUAGGAGGUAGAGAUCGUCUGUGUCGUACAUGAAUAGACUACGGGGGCAACUUGAAGAGCCCCCAAAGACACACCCGCACAUUUUGGCGCACAGGGAAUUGGGGGCGCAUAGUUUUAGCAUUCAAUACCCAAGAUAUCUCGUCUCUCA